UCACUCCAGCGGGUUCUCUCCUUUUUCUUUUUUUUUUUCUUUUUUUUUUUUUUCUUCUUCUUUCUCUCGCACACUUUUGUGUACGCGCAGUUCUUGUCGGACGUGUACACGGUCCGUGCGACCAUUCGGCGGCGGAGAUGUCUUUCCCGCAGCUCGGCUACCCGCAGUAUUUAAGUGCCUCCCAGGCGGUGUACGGGAGCGAGAGACCGGGAGUGCUUACGCCUUCGUCCCGGGGAGGGAGCACAGAAAUCGGGGGAAGCCCGUCCGCCACAGCAGCGGCGGUGUCGUCGGUGUUGGGCAUGUACGCCAACCCGUACGCGCACAACUACAGCGCUUUCUUACCGUACACCAGCGCGGACUUGGCUCUUUUCUCACAGAUGGGAUCCCAGUACGAGCUCAAGGACAGUCCGGGCGUCCAUCCAGCCAGCUUCGCAGCGCACGCGUCUCAGGCCUUCUACCCUUACGGACAGUUUCAGUACGGGGACCCGGCCAGGCCCAAGAACGCCACCCGGGAGAGCACCAGCACCUUGAAAGCCUGGCUCAAUGAGCACAGGAAGAACCCGUACCCGACCAAGGGGGAGAAGAUCAUGCUGGCCAUCAUCACCAAAAUGACCCUGACGCAGGUCUCCACGUGGUUCGCCAACGCCAGGAGGAGGCUCAAGAAGGAGAACAAGGUGACAUGGGGAAGCAGGAGCAAAGAGGACGGGGAGGACGGCAACUUGUUCGGCAGCGGCGACGAGGGCGAGAAAAACGAAGACGAGGAGGAGAUCGAUUUGGAGAGCAUCGAUAUCGACAAAAUCGACGACAACGACGGGGAUCAGAGCAACGAGGACGACGACGACAGAUCCACGGAGGGCAGCAGGGACCACAGGGGCGGUGUCGGCGCGGGGGGGGACUUGGACAGCUUGGAGAAGAGACGGGCCUUCGCCCUGCAGGCCCACGAGGCCUUUGACAAGUCGAAGAGCACCAUUUCGGUUCACCCGGGGAGUAAGGACAACUCGGACGGCAACAACAACAACACCACGCGGGUGCUUUCCCCGGAUCGAGUCGGGAGCUUUCCUCUCCCGUCUAACAAUAAGCCCAAAAUAUGGUCUUUAGCAGAGACCGCGACGAGCCCCGAUAGUUCUUCUCAGAAACCCACGUCCCCUUGUGGCCCGGGGGCCACCACGCACUCAUCAGCCCCCCACCACCAGAUCCAGACCCACCCGGCCUUCCUCCCCAGUCAUGGACUGUACACUUGCCAGAUUGGAAAGUUCCACAACUGGACAAAUGGGGCUUUCCUGGGUCAGAACUCCCUCCUCAACGUGAGGUCGUUUCUGGGAGUAAACCAGCACCAUCACCACCACCACUUGCAGGCCCAGCAGCAGCAGCAGCAGCAGCAGCAGCAGCCGACAUCCGUGGUGGUGUCGCCAUUAGCAGCCGCAGCAGCACUCAGCAAUGACAGCAAGGCCCCUCCAGAGACACACAGUCCCAAGCACAUAGAACAUGAAAACGGUGUCAGGUCGGAUUCACCUCCAACACAGAUUCUGAAGUCUUCCUUUCGACCCAUCCAUGACAGAUCCUCUCUGCCUUCCAGCGCCAGGAGCCCGCAAGACGCCACGCAACGAGUGCUCACGGCUCUCUCCUCGGCUUGAUCAAGAACACCUUUUUUUUUUCUUCUUCUUUCUUUUUUUUUCGUGCUUGAAAAAGAGAAGAAAAGAUAAAUAGAAAAAGAAGACUGUAAAAGACUUUUUUUUACACUCCCUAAAAAAAAAAAAACACUGAGAAAUAAUAAUGCCGCGUAGCAUUCAGUCGGGUACAAAACAAAUGGCGUAAUUUGGUAAUAUCCUGUGGAUGGAUGGAUUACUUCCUCUAUUGUUGUGUAGCCUAUAAUCGCGCCUAUAAUGUUACUCUCUCUUUCUCUCUCUCUCUCUCUCUCUCUCUCUCUGCCGAGGCAGGCUGGGACAUUUUUUGGUAGGCUUUUUACUUUAUAAUUAUUAUAAUUAUUAUUUUUGUCUCUAUCUUGUGUUUUUUUUUUUUUGGUGUCCUUUCUUUAAUGUAAAUACCAAGUGAUUUAAAUUUGUAAAUAGGAAGCGUUGAAGGAAUUUGUCCAGAUCGUAUAUUUUGCCUAAUAAACUAAAUGAAAUUAUAGAC